GUCUGGGUGUCCGCCGGUAUCCACCGGUUCCCGAUGGGCAGCGCCUCGGGCGGUGAGGAGAUGAGUAUAAAACAGCGGGCGGCGAACGGCGACAGACACAGCUCAAGUCGCAGCUACCUCCUCAGCACCAACAUGAAGCUCCUGGUUCUCCUGGCCGUGCUCGGCGCCGCUUCGGCCCAGUACCAGCUGUACACUGGUGCGGUGCCGUACACCGGGUACAACGUCCCACUGGCGUACAACGCGUACCACGCGCCCAUCGCCACGUACGCCGCCCACCCCUUCGUGUACCAGAGCCUGCCGUACUCGUUCAAGCCCGUCGAGAAGGAGGAGCCCGCAGUUGAGUCCCGGUCCAAGCGUUCGGCCGAUGAGGAUCAGAAGGCUGACGAUGCCACCCUGUACUCCACCUACGCCGCCCACCCCCUCGGCUACACGGCCGGCUACCCGUACGCCUACAACACGUACCCCACCGUGUACAACAGCGCUUACAACUUCCCCACCACCUACGCCUACAAUGGCUACAACGCGUACCACGGCUACACCCCGUUCGUGCACUCGCUGAAGAAGCGUGAUACCGCCGAGGCGGACCAGAAGGCUGAUGACGCCACCCUGAUCUCCACCUACGCUGCCCACCCCUUCGGCUACCCGUACGCCCGCGCCGGCUACGCCACGCCAUAUGCUUACCGCAGCGUGUACAACACCCCGGCCAGCACCCACCCCAUCACCUACAACGCCUUCCCCUACGGCUACCGCUCGUAUGUGUACUAGACGAUGACGAUGCCGAGGAGGUAAGGCGACAUGAGCUGUACAUUUGCUUG